GCCACCUCCCGCCAAUGAGGCGGUGGCGGCGUCUCGGGGCAACAAUGGGGGGCGCCCGGGGCGCACGUGGGGCCGGCGGCGGCGGGGGCGCGCGGCCCGGGGCGGGGGUGCAGCGCCGGGGCGAUCGAUCGCUCCGCUCGGCUCCGUCCCGCCCCGCCGCUGCCCCGCGCGGCGCCGGGGCACUCCCCGCCCCCGCCCUCCUCCCGCCCCUCCGGGCCCUCCCCCUGUGUCACGGCGGCGCCCGCAUUCGGGGACGGGCACGGCGGAGGGAGGGAGCGAGCGAGAGAGCGACCGAGCCACCGGAGGAACGACCGACCGAGCGAGCGAGCGACGGCCGCCCCAGCAUGUGGCCCGCCCGCGCCGUGGCGGCAGCGCGGCGGCGGCGGCGGCGGCGGGCAGGUGCGCGGCCGCUGAGACGGAGCGGGGGGGCGUAGGGGCGGGGAGCCGCCCGCCGCCGCCGCCGCCCUCGCCCGGCGCUGUCAGGUGCCCCGCCGCCCGGCCCCGGAGCACGCCGGUUCCCGGCCGAGGAUGCUGCCCGCCGCCGGUCGCUCCGGUUCAUCUGUUGCUGCCUGACCGCGCCGCCCGCCCGGUGCAGCCUCCGCCGAUGGAUGCGGCAGCCCCCGCGCCCUGCCCGCCCGCAGCCGCCCCGCUGCCUAUUGUGCCGGGAACGACUCCGGAGCUCCGCGGCUGGUAAAAAAAAAAAACAAAAAACAAACAAAACAGAACAAAACAACAGAAAAAAAAAACCAACAACAACAAAAAAAACCAAACCCAAACCAAAAACCGACCCCCCCGUGGGGGCCGGAGAGGCGACCGAUGAAUAUGCAGCACCCCCCCCGGCUCGUCGCUCCCGUCGGCCUCCCGCUCCCCGGCGCGGAGCCGGGCAGAGCCGCCUCCUAGAGCUCCGCCGGACCCGGGGCUGCUCCCCCGCCGCCUGCCCCCCGCCAGCACCCGGAGCGGCUCCUCCUCCCCUGCUCCCCGCCGCCCGAGCUCGGAGCCCUUCUUCGCACUCCUCUCCCUCUCCUGUUUUUGGUUUUUUUUUUGGGGGGGGGGUUUGUGUGGUUUUUUCUUUUUUUUUCUUUUUGUGUGGAAACCGACCGUAACUCCGGGGAGGGGGUUGUUGGGGUGGGGGGCGAGCGGCGGGGAGGGGACCAUGGAAGAAAAGCUCCAGGCGCAUCAGGUGGAGAUCGACCCGGAUUUCGAGCCGCAGAGCCGGCCCCGGUCCUGCACUUGGCCUCUCCCCCACCCCGACUUCGCGGCGGAGGAGGAGGAUGGGGGCGCGGCGGGGGGACCCCCGGCGCUGGCGGCCGGCGGCGGCGGGGAGGGAGCCGAGAACGCGGCGGCCCCGGCGGAGCGCAGAGCCGCCGCCGCCGCCUCCCUGCCGCCCCCCGGCGCGGACGUCGGGCAGCUCCGCAAGGCCAAGACCUCCCGGAGGAACGCCUGGGGCAACCUCUCCUACGCCGACCUCAUCACCAAAGCCAUCGAGAGCUCGCCGGAGAAGCGCCUCACCCUCUCGCAGAUCUACGACUGGAUGGUGCGAUACGUCCCCUACUUUAAGGAUAAAGGAGACAGCAACAGCUCCGCUGGCUGGAAGAACUCCAUCCGGCACAACCUCUCCCUGCACACCCGCUUCAUCCGUGUGCAGAACGAGGGCACCGGCAAGAGCUCCUGGUGGAUGCUGAACCCCGAGGGCGGCAAGACGGGGAAGACGCCCCGCCGGCGGGCGGUCUCGAUGGACAACAACAGCAAGUUCCUGCGGAUCAAGGGGAAAGCCAGCAAGAAGAAGCAGCUGCAGGUGACGCAGGAGCGUGGGGAGGACAGCCCUUCCUCCCAGCAAGCCAAGUGGUCAGAGAGCCCCGCGUCCCACGCCAGCGACGAGUACGACGCCUGGGCGGACUUCAGGACGCGGGCCAACUCCACGGCCAGCACGCUGAGCGGGCGCCUCUCGCCCAUCAUGUCCAAUCAUGAGCCGGAUGAGCUGGAGGAGGACGACGGCACCCCCUCCUCUCCGCUGAUGUACCCCAGCCCCUCCAGCACCAUGUCUCCUUCCCUCAAUGCCCGCUGCUCCGUGGAGCUGCCCCGGCUGACCGACCUGACUGGCACCAUCAGCCUGAACGAGAGCCUCGGGGAGAGCAUGUUGGAGGACCUGCAGGAUGGCUACACCAUGAGCCCUUCGCAGCAGCUCCCCCCGGCCGCCCUGCGGCAGCGGAGCUCCAGUUUCACCUUUAACUCCAAGUGCUCCACCAUGGGGGCCGCCACCAACACCUACUGCGGGACUAUCUACAGCCAGCCAGCCAUGAGCCUCAUGCGCCGCCUGCCCAUGCAGACCAUCCAGGAGAACAAGCAAGCCACCUUCUCGCCCGUCAGCUCCUACAGGAACGCCUCGCUGCAGGACCUGCUCUCCUCCAUCUCCUACGCGCACAAGGAGAGCAUGGUCCCGGGGGACCUGCCCCUGCCGCAGGCCAGCCCCAUGGUGCCGGCCCGUGGCCACAGACACAACCCGCUGCUGUGCGGGAGCGGGGAGCAGGGUUUGUCCUCCUACCCGUCCCACUCGGGCUCUCUCAUGAAGAGCAAUGCUUUGUACCACCCGUCACCAGCCGGUCACCACCCUGCGGUCAACACCAGUGCCUUAGCUAAUCCUGUCAGCCUUAUGAGCUUGCCCAGUGACACGUGCAGCAUGACAGCCAUGCCGCACCACGGGCAUCUGCAUUCCUACACUAAUAACCAAGGGGCACACAUGAGCUUGCUGGAUUCGCUGCAGGGCCCCUACCCGGGGGCCGUCCACCCCCCCGUGUUGGGCCAAGACAGGUUCCCAGCAGACCUGGACCUGGACAUGUUCAACGGGAGCCUGGAGUGCGACGUGGAGUCGAUCAUCCUGAAUGACUUUAUGGACAGCGACGAGAUGGACUUCAACUUUGACUCGGCUCUCCCGCCGCAGAACGGGCUCAACGUGCCCGCGCUGCCUGGGGGUCCGCAGCCCACGAACCAGAGCUGGGUGCCCGGGUGACGCCCGCCCCGGGGUGGGGGGCUCGCCGCCGAGAAGCCACGAGGGGAACAUUAAGACUAACUUUUUUUUUUCCUUUCUCUUCUGCCUUUGUUUGUUAAGAUGGGCUAGAGCCAUCGGUCUGAGCUUGAGGUCGAUACACGAAACACAAACCGUAGGGUCAAAUACUGAGACGGGGUAGGGACCCCAGCCCUCACGUGUGCCCAGUCCUCCCGUGAGCAUCCUCCAGAGGACGCAGGGCAGGCGGGCGGGAGAGGCAGCCAGAGCCAGGCGGGUCCAGGGGGAGAGCAGGAAGGGAAAGCCUUUCCAGACGGUCCCAGUGCUCCGCUGCGAUGGUGCCGGUUUGAUUUGUCCUUGGGCUGGGUGACGGAGCAGUGGUGGCUGGUGGCGCAGGAACACCCUGCAUGGGCAUCCCUUUCUGGAAAGGGACCAUUUUCUCCAAGCCGCCUCGGGAAACUAGUCCUCCAAGUAGAAGUGUCAGGAGUGGGGACCUUGCCGCAGGGCAAGGAGGGGCUCGUCAUCCCUAAAUCCUGGUGGAGAUGUGAACUCUGCCAAGCCCACACGCCCAGGCCACCUCCGCUGCGGGUCUCCUUGCGUGGCUCCGGGCAGGUUUUCUUACCAAGCAGUGAGAAGCGGGGUUGAUGAUGGAGGGAAGGGUGUGCAAUCGGCAGCCCUUGGGACAGCAUCUCGGCAGCCCACGUGCCCACCAGUGCCUGGGGGUACCACGGUCACGCCUGCCCAUGGAAAAGCUGCGGGAACCUGCCUGGAGCAGGCGCGGGCACCCUCCUGCAUGUGGUGCACAGCCAUACACAGGGUCCUGCCGUGAGUGAUGUGCUGCUGGCCUGGGUCCCCCAUGCUGGAGGCUCAGGGGGAGCUCAGAGGGGUGGUGGGGGGGGGUGUAUUUGUUUGAUUUCAUGCACUCUUUUGCCAUUGAGUUUUUGCAUUGGAAGGAAGAAAGGGUUGAGCUUAGGGAGACGAGGAGAGAGGCCAUGGGCAAUGCCGGGGGCUGCAGCCCAUCGCACAUCUCAUCUUGGCUGGGUCAUGGCUUCGGGUGUCAGAUGAUGGGGUGGAAGGUGGGGGGCUGUGAUGUGGGUCAUCCUCGAGAAGGGGAUGUGUGCGUGUGAGGAGGGGAGGGAUCUGGCGGCCAGGCCUCCGCAGGCAGGUGGGGUCUACCGUGCCCCAAGCCUAGGUGACCCAUGCUGCUGCCCCCUCAAGCGGAGCUCAGGGAAGUUCCACAGGGCUCACAGCCAGGGCUGUGGGGCUUCUGCGGGGUCGCUACUGGUUUCAGGAGUGAUUCCAGCCAGCAGCCCGCAUGCCUGUCCCGGAGGGCUCGCUGCCCAUCCCCAGGGUGCCAGGAGAGCUGGUCCAGGGAGAUGGCAGCAAGAGGGGUCAGCCCUGGUGCACCCAGCUGCCAAGGGCCGGUGCUCCAUGGGGGUGAGGACCGUGAGUCACAAGUGGUCCUGCCGUGUGUCAGGAGCCCAAACCAGCCCCACUGCUCUGCUGGGCAGGGGUGGGCUGGGGACCCACUGCCGCCCCGCACAGUGGGGGCGAGGGCUCCCUGCUGUGGGGCAGCUCAGCCCUUGGUGCAACAGGCUUUUUGGAGUGGGGAAACCAGGCAGGCUGAUGGGCAGCUGGAGUGGCUGGUCCAGAGGAGAUGGAUGGGCUGGGAGGAGAGGCUGUGGGAGCUGCUGCUCUGUCCCACGGGGCUCUCUGCACAGCCCGUCUUCCUCCUGGGCACCACAGGAUUUCUCUAGGCCUCCAGCCCCUGGGUUGCAGUAAGGGUUAGUCCACUGAACCAGCACAUUUUCCUGGCCCAGCUCCUCCCUUGCUCCAGCACCACCUCCUCUACCAUGGUGCAGUGGCUGGGUCCCACCGAGCCAUAGGGGAAGCGUGGCUGCUCGGAGCCGGGGCAGGGUCGGACCCGUGGGUGGGCACCUCCUGCUCCCCUCCUGACCCACGUGCCUGUGGCAGUGUGACAGAGGAGCCCCAUGUGCCACCGUUCACCCUCACCCUGGGCACACGGCGGACGUAGUCUCUAAAGACAUUCUUACAGGUUAAUUAAUUAUGUUUACAUUAUUUGAUCAUGUACAGAAUUUAAUAUAUUCUAUUAUAUAUAAUCUUUCUUGAAUGCUUUUUUAAAAAGGAUUAUUCUUUGGUCAGGAUCAUUACCACAUUCAUUUUAUACACCACCUCUCGUUUCAGGCAUAUUUAAAAUUGUUGGAAACCAAUUGCAAAUGGCUACUUAGUACCCGGCACCCCAGCUCUGCACACGGGGUGUGAAGGACUGCUAGCGAGGAGAGGCACGGAGGGCAGCUGGGGCUGCCACGGCAGGAAGGGGGGCUCUGCCCCCCAGGCACGGGAGAAGGGGAAGGGGUCCCGGCUCUUCCAGGCGUCCGAUCUCCAGGCACACAUCCAGCAGCACACCAGCACGCCGGGCAGUGCAGGCCAGCGGGGGCUCCCCCCGGCGUUCGGGCAUUUGCAGAUGGGAUGCUCAGGCACAGGGACCCCCCCCACACCCAGAAACCCCUUUGGUGUUGCAGAUACGGGCUGACCAUCGUUGCGGAGGGGAAGCUGCACCAGCAGUAAGAGAAAAGUCCCCCCCUUGUGCCGCGCCUGCCCCGCUCCCCCCCGCUCGCCUCCCCCUGCCCUGCGCGUGGUGCCCCCGGGCAUCCACCCCCGGGGCACGUCCCAUUGCGAAGCUGUCUUUGUGGUUCGUGACAGUGGGGUUGUCGUGUGUGCGGUGGAGUCGUGUUGGUAAGCGUCGUGUGUACAGUCGUCGUGCGGUGCGAGGGAUGGCGGGCAGCGGGAGGUGGGCACAGAGACCCCCCCAAAAACGGCUGGGACCCAGGGAAAUGGGGGUGGCUGGAGGGGGAGGCGAGACGGGCUGGCCCCGCCAUGGCAGAGGGGAGUGGAGCGGAGGGGCUGGGGGAUGCCAGGAGCACGGUGCCCAGGUGGGGUGGUGGUGAUGGCACGCGUGUGACAGGGCCAUGCUUCGUGCCCGUGGGGCAGGCAGGUCCUGGGGGGGCCGGCGCCGCCGUGCCCCUGCGGCUCCCACUGCCAGCACUGCUGCGAGCACGGGGAAGGGGAAACCAGGGCCUUAUUUCACUGUCCGGCGGUGGCAGAGGCUCCGUCUUCCCUCUCUGGAAACAUCUCCCCGAGCACAGGCCACCUCACAUCCCACCUCGCUCGGCUUCAGCCUCCCCGCUCCAUCACCCCCUGUCCCCCCCCGGCCCCCACCCUGCCCUGCUCCCUCUCAUCCCCAGCCCUGCCCGGAGUGAGGAGCCGGCAUCGAGGGGACGCCGAAGGGGCCCCACCGGUUUGCUUCAUACGGCGGUCUUCGGUCCGUCCUUUCCCUCGUAUUUAUAACUGUACAGACUGGGGGGGAGGGUCUCUGACAGGCGUCAUCUCUCACCACGCAUCUAUCGUAGGCAAUGGUAACUUUCUUGAUCGUGCUAUUAGAGUUUGUGUAUGUGGCAAUGUAAAGAACUGUGUAUAGUGCAUUGUACAGCAUAUUUUCAUGAAUAAAAUUGUUUUAAAUA